GAGUCGUGGUUACGUCUGCAACCCGUUCCAUUAAAGCUUGUGAAGGAGCUCCACCUGAUCUGAACCGACUUUCCAAAUAAAUCCCAUUUUUCCAGCUUUUCAUUAUUUAUUUUUUCCAAAUUCGUUGAAAACUGAGAUAACACGGAACCCGGUCUGUAGUUAGUGAAUCUAUGCUUAUUGCCAGAUUUGUAGAGGAACAGCUGUGUUUGUGUAUCGUCUUCUCAGGGUUCUGCAGCCCCCCAAGGCCCUUCACAACACAGUCAGUCACUCACACACCGGUGGGGAUGAGCUACCAUGUAGCCACAGCUGCCCUGGGGCGCACCGCCAGACUGACACUGGCUCCACCCGUCCACCACCAGCAGGAAUGGGUUAAGUGUCUUGCUCAAGGACACAACAGCAGAAUUCUCUGGUGGAAACUGCGAUUGAACCUGCAACCUUCCGUGUACGGGACAGUCUGAGCCUCCUCAGCUGCUGCUGCUGUCCACCAGAACAACCGGUGGGAGAUUUUUGUUUGGAAAGCAGAAACUUUGAACUCUUCCGGGAUUAAACGUCACGGAUGUGCUUCCGGUGACCACCAGCAGGGGGCAGCCGCGCUGCUGACAAGCAGCCGCAGAGGAAGAAGAGGACCCAAGAUGGCGGCUCACCAGCGUUGGCCAGGACCGGUCGGACUGAGAUGUUCCGUGUCUCUGCUGCUGCUGUGGGCCGUUUGGACCGAGCCGCUGGAGUGGGAUGAGCGCGGCUACGUGCUGUACUGCCCCUGCAUGGGUCGCUUCGGGAACCAGGCGGACCACUUCCUGGGAGCUCUGGCGUUCGCCAAGAUGCUGAACCGAACCCUGGCGGUCCCUCCCUGGAUAGUUUACCGGCACCACACCCCCCCCUACACCAACGUCCAUGUCCCCUACAGCCACUUCUUCCAGCUGCACGCCCUGGUGGCCUACCACCGGGUGGUUCCUCUGGAGGACUUCAUGGAGAAGCUGGCGCCCCAGCACUGGCCUCCAGGGCGGAGGAGGGCCUACUGCUACGAGGCCGCGGCUCAGCGGAGCGCAGACAGGAAGUCCUGUCCCAUGAAGGACGGGAACCCGUUCGGCCCGUUUUGGGACCACGCCGGCGUGGACUUCGACGAGUCGGUUCUGUUUGGGGGGAUCUCCUUCAGCAGCUACCAUCAGCCUCAGUGGAAGAAGAGGUUUCCACCCUCUGAGCACCCAGUUCUGGCGCUUCCUGGCGCUCCGGCCCAGUUCCCAGUCAUCCAGGAGCACGUGGGGCUGCAGCGCUACAUGGUUUGGUCAGACCGGAUGAGGGAGGAGGGGGAGGAGCACAUCGCCGCCCUGCUGAC